AUGUCGGGGCUGGGCGAGGCGGCCCAUCCCCCGGUAGCUGAUGCCCUCCAGCUGAGGGUGCUGAGGCCUCGGAGGAGGUCAAGGUCUGCACCGCGACCAUCCAUCGUCCAAAGUGUCGUGGACCAGCGUCUGAUACCACCACGUCCCGAUACCCCCGCACCGGAUGAGGUGGUUCUCUCGUCCAGCGACGGGGAGGAGGAUGCCCUCAACUCCACCAUCGUGGCGGUGGCUGAGGAGAGUGCGGUGCAACCGACAUCAUUGGUGGAGGAAACGGCAGAGCCAAUGCAAGCCGCGUUGGAGGGCGCACUGAAGAAGUUAGUGGAGCUUGAAGACACUCUUCGCAUCACGCGUGAUGAGCUCCGCAUUGCUAAUGAGGAGCGAGCUGUCCUUAGGCGCGAGGUGGAGCUGCUUCGUGUCGGCACCCAGACGCAGCAGCGGCCUCAGCAACAGCAGCAUGUAAAGCGUCAACAGCAGCCGAUGGCGUUGGGACAUGUUCCGUCCUCAGCCACUAGUCAGCAGUCAUGGGUGACGGUGGUGAAAGGUCGCCCGUCCCGACAGCCACAGCAGCAGCUACCGCAACAGGAGGAGCUCAUCUAUCGUCCGCCUCAGAUGCGGCAACAGGAGCAGCAGCAGCAGCAGCAGUUCCAGUCACGACAGCAACAUCAGAAGCGCAAACGGCCGAAGCCGGAGCAGAUCGAGGUCUCCCCCACGGGCGACGAAACAUGGGAGAUGAUAUACCGGAAGGUCAGACAGGCAGUUAACGGCAAUGUCCUGUACAAGGAUUUGAAAGACCAUAUUGUCUCGUGCAAACGCACGGACAAGAAUCUGCUCCGGCUGACGCUGAGCAAGACGGCGGAUGCACAGCUAAUGCUACAGCAUAUCCGGGCCAUUACGAGGCGGAACUAG